GGGCUUAUUAUUGCGACAGAAAGACCUGGAGAAUAUCCUGACCAGCAGCACUUGGACCGGAACUUUGCGUUCUCUUUCCGUCAGAUGUACCCUGACGCGCCCAACCCAGUGCUCAAACUGGACGGUCUCGGCACGAUUGGCCUGCCCCUCAGCACUCGAGACGCAGAAGCGAUCAAGUCGCGAGCGGUGCAGGCUCCAUUCGGGAUGGGCGAGCGCACAGUCGUAGACAAAACCGUACGAGAUACCUGGGAGACGGAUUCCAAGAAGGUGAACUUCGCCAGCCCAAGGUGGGAAGCAUUUAUCCAAAGAGCAGUAGAGGACGUCUGUCAGACCCUCAACGUCAACUACAAAACAAGUCAACCUCGCUGUGAGCUUCAUAAGCUGUUGCUAUACGAGACUGGGUCGCACUUCCUUCCCCACGUCGACACCGAAAAAGCAGACGGCAUGUUUGCUACAAUGAUCGUCAUCCUCCCCUCCGAGUAUACGGGUGGCACCGCGCACCUCUCGCACAGCGGUCUCUCCAUCGACUACGAUUGCAGCGCGCUCAGCUUGGACCAAGUGACGGUGCUGGCCUGGUUUACGGAUGUCACGCACGAGAUCAAGCCCAUUACCUCAGGUUAUCGACUCGCGCUCUCCUACAACCUCAUCCACACCACCCAGGCCCUGCGCCCCGCCGUCGCCCCAAACGUCGGGAUUACAAGCAGACUCUCGAAGGUGCUUGAAGCGUGGCAGAAAGACGAGGGAGAAGACGCGCCCCAGAAACUCGUCUGCCUGCUCGACCACAAAUACUCGCACGCUAACUUCCACGCGGGCGCGCUCAAGGGCGCCGACGCGCAGAAAGCCGCGGUGCUCAGCGCUCUUGCGGCGCAGCACAGCUUUGCGCUCGGGCUCGCGAACGUGCGCUGCCGCUUCGCGGGCUCAGCGGACGACGAGUUCGGGCGUGGCCGGUACGGGCGCGUUGGCUUUGAGGAGAUCCAAGACCAGGAGGUGUGCGUGGAGCACCUCGUGGACAUGCAGGGCACGCUCAUUGCUCCCGUGCUCGAGUUUGACGAGGAGGAGGAGGGUGUUCCUGUCGAGCUUGUUGAUGCAAUUGACGACGGGUCGUGCGACAAGGAGGAGUAUGAGGCAUAUACAGAAAAUGUAAGGGCCCCUCUGAUCGGGAUGUAUAUGACCUAGGCU